AUGUCCAACAGCAGCUCCAUCAGCCACUUCCUCCUGCUGGCAUUGGCAGACACGCGGCAGCUGCAGCUCCUGCACUUCUGCCUCUUGCUGGGCAUCUCCCUGGCUGCCCUCCUGGGCAACGGCCUCAUCAUCAGCGCCGUAGCCUGCGGCCACCACCUGCACACGCCCAUGUUCUUCUUCCUGCUCAGCCUGGCCCUCAGCGACCUGGGCUCCAUCUGCACCACUGUCCCCAAAGCCAUGCACAAUUCCCUCUGGGACACCAGGAACAUCUCCUACACAGGAUGUGCUUUUCAAGUCUUUUUCUUUGUUUUCUGCGCUACAGCAGAGUUUUGCCUCUUGACCAUCAUGUGCUACGACCGCUACGUGUCCAUCUGCAAACCCCUGCACUAUGGGACCCUCCUGGGCAGCAGAGCUUGUGCCCACAUGGCAGCAGCUGCCUGGGCCAGUGCCUUUCUCAACUCUCUCCUACAUACAAUCAGUACAUUUUCUCUGCCCCUGUGCCAUGGCAAUGCCCUGGGCCAGUUCUUCUGUGAAAUCCCACAGAUCCUCAAGCUCUCCUGCUCACAAUCCCACCUCAGGGAACUCGGGUUUUUUGCUAUUAGUGGCUGUUUAUCAUUUGGCUGUUUUGUGUUCAUGGUUUUCUCCUAUGUGCAGAUCUUCAGGGCUGUGCUGAGGAUCCCCUCUGAGCAGGGACGGCACAAAGCCUUUUCCACCUGCCUCCCUCACCUGGCCGUGGUCUCCCUGUUCAUCACAACAUCAUUUUUUCCCUACCUGAAGCCCCCCUCCAUCUCCUCCCCAUCCCUGGAUCUGGCCCUGUCAGUUCUGUACUCGGUGGUGCCUCCAGCCCUGAACCCCCUCAUCUACAGCCUGAGGAACCAGGAGCUCAAGAAAGCUCUCAGGGAACUCCUAACUGGAUGCUUUUCAAGUAUUACACACUGCCUGCUUCCCUCUAUCAUUGGCUCGUGGGGCAGAUUGCGACAGUCCAAGACUCCCCAUAUUUAAAUUUCUUCCACUUCUGAUGCUUUUGUCUCCAUAGA